CGACAACAUACGAUCACUAUAAAAGGUUGAUAAUUUCGUUGAACCGCGUAAAAUAUACCAAAAUGUCCACUAUAUCGAUUAAGAUUUUAAGUUUGGUAGUAAUUACUAAUGGCGUAUUUGCGAGUGAUUGUGAGUCAAUUGCUGAUCGGACAGAAGAAUUGUCAAAAUGUUGCACAGUUCAAGAUCCAUUUCCUAGGGAGGCUUUUAUGAAGUGUUACAACGCAGCUCAGGGAACUAACGAGGAAAAAAUAAUUUGCGCAGCAGAGUGCAAUUUCCGAGAAAAUGGCAUUCUGGGCCCGAACAAUGAGCUGAACGAGGAAAAAGCUCUCGAUUAUGUGGACCAUAUCGAGCAGGACGAGUGGCGUGAGCAAGUGGCGGACAUUGUGCAAUCAUGUUGGGCCAAACUUGAUGCCAUGAAGCAAGCUUCAGCUGAGAGAACCACGAAAUGUCCCCUUUUUUACAUGAUGAUGCAAAUGUGUUUGGCGAAUCGCAAGUUUGUUAACUGCCCUGCUCGGGAAUGGCAUUCAUCUGAAUUCUGCGAGGUUGCAAAGCAGUCCCAAUGCUUGAAUACUUUCAGCAAUGGAGCAUAAUAAGAUUAGUUCGAUGCAGA